AUGCCUUCAUAUACUGUGUACAAGGGCACUAAAGACGGCAAGAUCGUUCAGUCUACGACUGAGCGGCCUGGUCUCAAAGAUGGCGAGGUACUUGUCCGCAUCACUGCUUCCGGCGUUUGUGGAACGGACGAGCACUAUCGUACCGUAGACAUGGUGCUCGGUCACGAAGGUGCUGGUGUAGUCGAAGAGGUUGGACCCAACGUUCACCGCCUGAAAAAGAAUGACCGCGUCGGAUGGGGUUAUCAACACAAUUCCUGCGAAAGCUGCGAGUGGUGUCUCACGGGAAGGGAAACAUACUGCCCCGAGAGAGCCAUGUACGGAUUCGCCGAUCUUGACCAGGGAAGCUUUGCGGAGCGCGCUAUCUGGAGGGAGGCCUUCCUGUUCAAGCUUCCUGACGCCUUGGGUGACAAGGAGGCUGCUCCUCUCAUGUGCGGUGGCGCAACAGUCUGGAACGCUCUUCGUAUGUACAACAUCCAGCCCACGGAUCGUGUUGGUGUCAUGGGUGUCGGUGGUCUAGGUCACUUGGCUAUCCAGUUCGCCAGCAAGAUGGGAUGCGACGUCGUUGUCUUCUCUGGAACCGAGAGCAAGAAAGAAGAGGCUACCAAGUUGGGCGCAAACGAGUUUAUUGCCAUGAAGGGCAAGACCGAGUUGGAUAUAAGCCGCAAAGUCGACUGCCUGCUUGUUACCACUAGUGCUCAGCCAGACUGGGAGUUGAUUUUGCCCGUAAUGGCGCCUGACAGCAAGAUUUUCCCUCUCUCUGUCGCCGAAGGCAACUUCUCCAUUCCCUACAUGCCUCUCCUUCUCAAUGGCAUCCGAGUCCAGGGUUCCGUUGUUGCCCCUCGCGCACAGCACAGAAAGAUGCUUGAGUUUGCCGCCCAGCAUAACAUCAAGCCCAUCAUCAACGAGUUCCCCUUGACUGCAGAUGGUAUUACAGAGGCAAUGCAGACUUUGAAGGAUGGCAAGAUGAGAUACCGAGGUGUUCUUUUGCCCCAGAACUAG